GAUCAAAGCAGAUCAAAUGCAAAGCGUCUCCAGUGAACGCUUCGCUUCGGUCACAGGGUCCCCCUUUUUGGCCGGAGCACAUUCUAGAUACUUCUGCACGAAGUCGCCUGCAUCACUGCAUCAAUGUCGGAGGCGACAAGCACCACUCCUGCGCGCGGAGCAGGGCGCUGUCACCACAGAUGAGACAGCAGUGAGUGGGAUUGAAAAGUCAGGCAAUUCCUUCAGUGCCUUGAAGGACAUUGAGGCUAUCCAGGAGAUCCUUCCCCACAGGUUUCCCUUCCUGCUCUUAGAUCGUGUGGUCGAAUACGUUCCACAGAAGUAUGCAGUCGGGUACAAGAAUGUGACGGCAAAUGACAACUUCUUCACUGGGCAUUUUCCUGAGCGCAAAAUUAUGCCAGGAGUCUUGCAGGUGGAGGCGAUGGCUCAGCUGGGGGGCAUUGUCAUGAUGGAUCCUGAGGACCAGACAGCCAAAAAGAACUUCUUUUUUGGUGGCAUCGACGGCUGCAAGUUCCGGCGCCCGGUUGUGCCCGGUGACACAUUGAUGAUGCGAGUGGAGCUGACAAAGUUCAAUCCGCGCUUUGGGAUUGCCAAGAUGUCGGCCAAGGCGUACAUUGGCAAGGCCCUCUGUUGCGAGGCUGAACUCACUCUGGUCAUGGGCAAGUGAGAUUCUGAAUUACAGUCUGCGUACAGCGCUGAUAGUCGUUCUUGACUGGCCUCGUCUAAAAUUCUGUGUCUCAGACAAGUUGCCCUGACAAGGAAUUCUUGGAAACACCAUGAUGCUUGCCCAGGUUGCUUCAUUGUGUGAGCGUUCAUAUGAGCAGUGAAUGGUGUGCACUUAGAAACCUGGCAUUUCGUAGCUUCUGCAUGGGGGGAGUACUGUAGACUUCUUCAGCACAUUGGAAGUUGCCAAGUUUGCUGAGGCUUCACUCUGCAGCAAGCUAUCACGCUACUAGCUACUAUAGUAUAGCUAGCUAGCUAUGGCUAGCUCUGCAGAUCUGUAGCCCUCAGAAAGUGUAAAAAUUGGAAGUCCUCCGU